GACGGAGAGCUUCCUGUUAAUUGCUUUAUAUAACCAACACCCAAACAACGUUCCUCUCCCAUCGCAGAAUCAAGUACUCUCAAUACUCUCAAUACUCUCAAUACUCUCAAUACCAAUUAUAACACCACAACACCACAAUGACCGACCCUGUCCUCCAAAUUCCCGAGGUCAUCCAGACGGCUUCGAUCAACCGAAACCCCUCGCCGGACCACGACGUCAACCCGCCGACCGCAGCCUCCGAAAAGCAGCCCGUGGUGGACGAUGCUCCCUCCGAAGCUGGCAGCAUCCCGUCCGACAUCGUCGACCCUCGCCAUAUGGUCAGACCGGCCACCCGGCGCCAUAAUUUCCCCCCACUGCCCGACCUGCGCUUCGAACAGAGCUAUCUCGCCAGCCUGCGUGGCGCCGAUACCUGGGGAAGAGUUGCGUGGAUCACCAUCAGAGACCAGGUGAGUAACCUCUCACUCCCAGCCUCUCAAUUCCCAGACAGACAGGAAGCAUUCUCUAGGGGGAUGUUCUUCCGUCAAAACCAGGUUGGAAAUCUCCCGCUCACCUCCUCCAUUUUUCCUUUCUCCCAACAGGUCCUCCUUCCUCUGAUGCAGGGUACGCUGUGGACUCUGGCCCUCUCCGGCUGGCGCUUCUGGAACCGCAAUGCCUCCCUCAGCGGACAGACCCUGGGCAGCAGAAUCCGUCGAUGGUGGUACGAGGUCAACAACUGGAAGCUCCCUCCUUUGGGCUCUGCCAGAGAUCCUCGGGUGGCCGCCAAGGUAGAUGACUUCUACACGGCCCAGUUCUCGAAUGCCGUCUAAACAGUUCUGGUGCACUCUGAAUGCGACCGAGUUGCUAAAAGACUGCUUAUGUUCAUUUGGAGGGGGGGGGUCUCCUUUCUGCAUUUCGGGUGUUUAGCGUUACGGCGUUUGGAUUCAAUUCUAUCGGAAGCGGUGGAUUCAUGAAGCAUACCCUCUUUUUUCUUUCCUUGUUUGACAUCACCAACCGGGCGUUGCAUCCGAAGACCCCUGGAGCUUUUAUGCCCGUGGUGUUCUCGUUUCCCCGGUCGUACUGUUUGGUCUGGUUAGCUAGAUCAUACAAUCUGUAGUUCUAGGUAUAGUUAUGUAUAUAAUGCAUAAAUGUCUCAGCUCC